AUGGCAACCUCCAACAACAACAAUGGUUCUCCAGCUCUUGACCUAUCCGGUUCUGGUUCCGGUUCUGGUUCUUUCAUUGAGAAUCAUGUUGAUGCUGCCAAUGCCAACCAGGUUGAGUUGAGCUUGGAUCUGUCAAUCGGGAGAAGCUUGACGAAACCGAUCCAUUUCCAAAAUUCAAUGGAGUCUGGUGAGAAUCCCAGUUCGGAAUUGACUGCUGUUGUCAUUCCGAAGGAGGCCGGGGAGCUAGUUGGAGAUCAGAUCGAAGUUAAGGGGGAGAUGAUGGCCACGACUGUGGAGGGGAAGAAGAGGAAGCUAGAGGAAAUGGGUGUGACGGAGGAUUCGAGGGAGAUGGAGACAAUCGAAGGGAUUCUCGCCAAAGACAGUGUGGAUGUGAAAAAGACUUGCAUGCCUAGCUCCUCUCUGGAAGGAGAUGCUGUCAAGAGUGAGACCGGGGGGAUGAUUGUCGGAGCAGGAGGAGAAGAGAACAAAGGCAAGAACCCGACAUCAAAUGAAGGAGGAGGAUCAACCGCAACCGCAACAGGACCACCACCACCACCAGCUGCUAGGCCGACUUUCAAAAUUUUCAGGCACCCGCAGAUACCAUGUGUGUCAACAAAAGGUAAUGGACCGAAUGGUAAGAGGAUUAAUGGCUUCUUAUACAAGUACACAAAGACGGAAGUCUGCAUUUGUUGCAUUUGUCAUGGAACCUCGUUUACUCCGGCCGAGUUCGUUGAGCAUGCAGGUGGUAUAAACAUCGCCAAUCCUUUGAGGCACAUCACCAUGAUACCUUUCCGUCUUACUUAA